CCCCGAGUCCCCUUAACUUUAGGAUACAGAUAUACAACCGAGACCGAGCCGCCGCAGCCCCCAAUCCAGGAGCCGCCCCUCGUCGUCGGCCAAUCCGUGGCCCGCGCCCGCGACGGCGACGGCCGAGGCGUCUGGGCGAUCGAGCGCGGCGAGCGACCGGGCGGCCGCGGCGUGAUCGAUCGUCGCGUCGUCGGCGCCAUUCACAAACAGGACGGGAAACGUCGUCGCGACGUGCUCAUCGCUCGGCGGCGGCGCCAUCCCGUUGACGCCGACGAAGCCGAGGACGCCCGGCGUGCGCAGCGCCGCCUCCAGGCCCACGAGGCAGCCCUCGGAGUAGCCGCCGACGACGACCGACCGCCCUCGCUGGAGCUCCCUCCGUACCACGGCGACAACCUGCUCGCGCGCCGCACGGAGCGACCCCGUGGUCGGCGCCGCGCCUUCGUCUUCGUAGUCCAGCCAGGCGCUCCGGCAGCCGCCCCGCGGCCCCGCGCCCGGCAGGACGACGCGCAGCGCCCGCAGCGCGCCGCGCGUCCACCAAGCAUCCCUUCGCGUCGCGUAGGUGCUCGGGAAGCCGUUGCGCCCGUGGAGGUAGACCAGCGUCGUCGCGCCGCCCGGGGCACCGACAAUAACGCGCUCGGCGCGGCACGGGUCGAGCGACACGCGGGCGAGCCGGGCGACGUCGCAGCCCUCGGCGCGCAGGCGGCCCGCCGCCGCCGCGGUCGGGGCGGCACCCGCCUUCACCACGCGAUACGCAAGCUCGUGGCCGCGCACGGCGCGCGAGCAGGCGACGAGCUCGCCAAGCGUGCCGUGGCCGCCGGCGAGGUUGACAACGUCGCCGGGUGUCGCGACGCGGCCGCGCGGCACCUCAAGAAGGGCGGCGCCGUAGUCGAGCUGGCGGGGCGGGAGCGGCGCCCAGCGCACCGCCGCCCGGACCUCCUCCAGCGUGACUGCCUCUGCGGUUUCGGGCGCGUGUUUUCGCUUCAUCCUAGCUGUUGGCCGGUCCCGUCUCCACAGCACUCCAGGUUGGGAUACACCACCAGCACUUGAUAAGUAGCGUUCGUCUAACCUUGCAGGUUUCAGAUCUGCUGGCUGCGUCUUGACAGCAAUUGAAAAUCGCUGCGAAUGAAAUGAAUGGAUGAACAGAGGCGUCUGAAAUUUCCAAAUCGCUCGUCCGGCAUUAAAAAACGCAAUCCGCUGGCCAUAGUGUCUUGUAUAGGAGAGCAGCAAAACCUCCC